AAGGAAAUGUUGCUUGAUCCCGAAGAGUUGCAGCAGUUCCAGAAUCAUUCUUCUCAAAUGGCAGCUCUGGAUUUCAUAGUAUCAACCGCCAGUAACAUAUUUAUUCCUAGUUAUGAUGGCAACAUGGCUAAACUUGUCGAAGGUCAUCGUAGGUAUCGUGGUUAUAGAAAAACCAUCCAAUUGGAUCGCAAAACUCUAGUUGGGUUAUUGGAUUUGCAUCACAACCGGACCCUUUCAUGGGAUGAGUUUUCAGCUGCUGUGCGACAGUUGCACGAGGGAAGAAUCGGACAACCAGCUCGUCGAAGAGUUAUUGAGGACAAACCCAAAGAAGAAGAUUACUUUUAUGCAAAUCCUCAGGAGUGUCUCUGUGAGAGUGCUAGAUGUGAAGGCCCUGAUAAUUCAACUGAAGUUCAAUGAGACAUGUCCACCAAGAUCAUGAAUUACAUAGGUAUUCGGUUCCACAACCUAAUGCACAGACAUUUUUUUAUAUAGAAAAAGAAAAGCCAAAGGCUUAAAUUUUUUUCGUUUACACGUCAAGGUUCUUUAGAGAAAGGCAAAAAAUGUGGCCUUUCUUAAAGAGAUGUGUUGUCGAUAGAUGAGUUGUUUCGUAAGCUUCAACAUGAGAAGGGAAAAAGGAUUGGUGCCAUCCGUGCUUCUUCUUACUAUUGGAAGUGGUUGAGGCUUUGAAGCUCAUUUUCUUGCAUUCCUUUCAAUUCUUUCAUUCUAUUUUGCAACAUUCAACUAUACAAAGUUAGGUCAUUUCCUAGUAAAUGCAUUUUGUUCUUUGUUAA